CGUGAAGGUACCCUGAGUGAUGGGAAUCGGCAUCCAAUUGCAGCGAAGAGGGCGGGGCCUGGCUCUCCGGGUUUCCUCUCCGGCUCGGUUUUCCCCCUCCCCCCCGCGGGUUCUUCGCUGCGAAGAAAAUGGCGGCGGCGCCGAGCGGAGAUGAGGAGAGACUGGAAGAAAGAUCUGAGGACCAAGACUUACAGAGUCCCAAGGAUAAGUCGCCAAAAGCCAAAAAAUUCAAAAAAGAGCGGAAAGAGGAAAAGCAGCAUGAGCUUGCACAGCCUUCUGCAGAACCAGCUGAAGCAGGCAAGGCAGAGAUGUCGGAAGGCGCUGGGACUGCUCCAGCUGCACCUGAAGCCUCUGCAUCUCCAAAACAGCGCCGCUCUGUCAUCCGGGACCGUGGGCCGAUGUAUGAUGACCCCACCUUGCCAGAAGGCUGGACCCGCAAGCUUAAGCAGAGGAAGUCGGGUCGCUCGGCAGGGAAGUAUGACGUCUACCUUAUCAACCCCCAGGGCAAGGCCUUCCGCUCCAAAGUUGAGCUCAUUGCCUAUUUUGAAAAGGUGGGGGACACCUCUCUGGAUCCUAAUGAUUUUGAUUUCACGGUGACUGGGCGUGGGAGUCCAUCACGGCGAGAACAGAAGCCUCCGAAGAAACCCAAAAUCACUAAAACGGCUGGCACAGGUCGCGGGCGGGGCCGACCAAAGGGCAGUGGCUCUGCCAAGCCCCGAGGAGCUGCCUCGGAAGGUGUGCAAGUGAAGCGAGUGAUUGAGAAGAGUUCUGGAAAGCUGCUGGUCAAGAUGCCUUUGCAGUCCUCUCCAGCAGGAGCCAAGGCAGAAGGCACCGGUGGGGCCACCACCUCCACACAGGUCAUGGUGAUCAAGCGUCCUGGGCGCAAGCGGAAAUCUGAAUCGGAUCCCCAGGCUGUGCCUAAGAAACGGGGGCGUAAGCCAGGCAGUGGAGCAGCAGUGGUAGUUGCCGAAGCCAAAAAGAAAGCCGUCAAGGAGCCGGUUGUUCAGGCGGUCCGGGAGACGGUGCUGCCCAUCAAGAAGCGCAAGACACGUGAGGCCAUUAGCAUAGAGAUAGCCAGGCCAAGCCCACCUCCUCCAAGCAACGCGGGGGAGCGGAGCCCCAAGGGACAGCGAACGGCUGCCAAGAGCCCAGGGCGCCGCAGCAAGGAAAGCAGUCCUAAAGGGCGGGGUGGCAAUGCCGUACCAACCUCUGCCCCUUCCUCCUCCCCUGGCAAGAAGGAUCAGCACCAUUCUCCCCAUCAGCCGCCUUCAGAGGCCCAGGGCAGCUCCCCUUCUCAGUCCCCUGAAAGCCCCAAGGACAGCAGGAGCCUUCCAGCCGAGCCCCAGGACUUGAGCAGCAAGAGCUGCAAAGAAGAGAGGGCUCCGGAAAGUGAUGGCUGCCCAAAGGAGCCACCUAAGACUCAGUCCAGCGGCACAGCAGUGCCCUACAAACAUGAGCGCAAAGACACUGUGUCGUCCUCCGCGGCCUUGCCCCGGCCCACAAACAGGGACGAGGCCGUGGACACCAGGACACCUGUGUCAGAGCGGGUCAGCUGACUUUGAGGGGGGUGAGCGAGCAAGUGAGCGCCAGAGGAAACAAAGAGAGAGACAGGCACUCCCAGCCCCCCCACACCCCGAUGAGACUCCAGGCAGCUGCUGGGCAGGACUCCCCUUUUCCCCAGAGUGCCCUGGCUUUCAACCAUUCAGCUUCUCCAAAACUAUUCUUCCUCUGUUCUCCAAUCCUUCCCCCAUUUUCAAUACAGACAAGCACAGUGUGGGGUGCAGAGACAUGCCUCCCAGAGCUGGAAGCCACUUUGCACUUUUUCUACAGAAUGGGGGCACCCUCUUCUCUCCCCCCCACACCCCCAUCAGCCCCUUCUGCUGUGCUUAGCUGCAUAUACUACUGACAAGGCAAGCUGUUUGGCAGGGGAGGGGCAGCUCCAAACUCUGGCCUGUCGCCCUGAUCCUGCUUGCCCUCCAUAUUGCAGAGGCCUGGUGGACAGAUUGUGGGGAGGGUGGGCAUGUGUGUAUUCCACUCCACCUCCCUAGUGCCAUGUAAUGUAGUUGUCCAGUCUUAGUUGGAUUUCUGUAGUUUUCAGUAGGAUGUGUGUGCACACAAGAGAGAAAGAGAGGGGACUGUGGCGUCCUGGGGAACCAAUAUCCCCCAUUUGCCAGUUAGACCAGCAGAUAGGAAAAUUAUUCUCUCCCCCGAGGACAGUUGUGCUGCUACGAGACUGCUGGGAUACUGGGGGCAACUUUGUAAGAAUGUCCUCCUUUCCUACGUCUAUCCCAAAAGGAGAGGCCUUUUGAUUUUGUUGAAGCAAUCUGAGUGUGCUGAAGCGUGUACAUGUGUGCGUGUGCUUGUCAUAUGCUAAGAGUUAAAAUGAGAUGUUCUUCCAGUUCUUGUCAAUGAUGUUAGUUUAGGGAACAGUUUGCACUAAUGGAGGCCUUUGCCCACCUUCUGUGAGGCAACGGCAUGAAAGUGUGUGCCUGUAUGUAUCGGAGCGGGACAUUUUGAUGGAAUUCUGGCUGACCUCUCCACCUUAGUUCUGGGGCAGGAAGGUAGCUGAAUGUUUAUAAAACUACCUGAUCUUCUGUGCUGGGAUUGAUAUGUGGCAGCGGCUUCACUGAGAAGCCUAGUAUUUGUCAUUUACAAGGACUUCCUUAUGGCUGGCAACCAAGCUCUUCCAUGGCAGUUGAGCACACCUCACUCCCCAGGGAAAGAGAGCUCAGCAGAAGGGUAGUGUAGCUUGGGGAGGGGACUUGGUUUCAAAUGGAUGUCUCCUUUGUUUUGUUUUUCUGUCUGCAGAAGAUAGAAGAGUAGGGGUAGGGGAGCAUUGACCACUUCAGUGUGCUUAUUUUUGUUUUUAACUGCAUAUGUAGUACAGACAGGAUCUGUGCCCCCCCUACAUUCUAGGCAGUAGCAAAGUACCCCAAGAACAAGAUGGGGGAGUAAGGGUCCAAGCCAGCAGUCUGGGCAGGAACUAGAAAGAGUUAUCUCUGAAAUUGUUGUCACUUUGUGGUGAUGCAAAAGGAUUAGAACAAGCCCCAUCUUGUUCUGCAGGUCUUUGGUGGCCAAAAUAGAUAUGAUUCUGGACCUUCAUGAUCAGAUUUUAAUUAAUUAAUUUAUUUUAAAAAACCCUUAAAGCCUCAGGAGGCUCUGCUUUUGAUCAGAGCAGCAGUGCUGAGGAAGGGGGUAUUUCACCCUCUCUUCAUCCUACCCCUGUGCUGGUUGUCUUUGGUGCAUAUACACCAUACAUAUAAAGCACAUGACUUCCCCAAAGACGCCUGCCCCUAAAAAGAGCCCCAAUUCCCAUCACCCUUAACAGGUUAAAGUUCCCAGGUGCACUUUAAAUGUUCAGUGUGUACACAGCUUAAUUCCCAUCCAAGCUGCUAUUUUCCCUGUUUGUGAGGGGAUACAGGUACCUGUACAGCAGUGCCCCCCAUCCCCCCCCUGCAUAAGAGGGGCAGAAUUUAGAUCAAGAAAAUGGCAAUGUGGCCAGUGUAGCCACCCUCUCCCUCAGCACCUCUUUUCUAAUAAAAAUGGAGCCUCCUGCAGACUCUUGGAAUUAAAAAUGUUGAAGGAUCUCGCAUUAGGAUCUCUGGAGGCAUGCCUGUUUUGGGCCCUUAGAGCAGGGGUCAGCAACCUUUUUCAGCAAUGGGCCGGUCCACUGUCCCUCAGACCAUGUGGGGGGCCGGACUAUAUUGGGGGGGGGAUGAACGAAUUCCUAUGCCCCACAAAUAACCCAGAGAUGCAUUUUAAAUAAAAGCACACAUUCUACUCAUGUAAAAACACGCUGAUUCCCAAACCGUCCGUGGGCCGGAUUAAGAAGGCGAUUGGGCCACAUCCAGCCCACGGGCCUUAGGUUGCCUACCCCUGCCUUGGAGAGAGACCUCAGUGUGGAGACAACUUAUUUGUAUGUUUCCCCUUCUUGCCUAUGUGUGGCAACUGCCAAAAGACUCCCCCCCCCUGCAGUUAUUAAAUAUAGAUAAAGGGUAAUGCACUGGUCAUAACUGAGAGACUCCAGGUUCAUAGUGGGAGGACCAGUUAGGAUUGGGACUACCUUCAUUGCAACAAUUUACCGAAUUGCUCAUUUUUGCUGGGCUUCCUGUGCUGGCACCACAGUCAAAGCCAUUUUUUUAAUUUUCUUCCCAUGUAUAUAACUCAGCAAUUGGCAGAAAGGUUGGGGAUGGCUUCUAAGUUUUGUUCUUCUGGGAGAAAUCCUGUGCUAGUGAUUGGGCCGGAGUCUGCUGCUAAUCACAGACUCUGGAAAUAUACCCAUCCCCACCCGCUCUAAGUAACUAGUCCGAAGGCCAGUUCAUCAUUCACUUGGAUGGAAGUGGCUAUCUGAGGAUACUGCCGUGGAAACAUGGUAGAAAGUACAAAGAAGUGGGGGAGAAAAUGGCUUUGUGAUAACUUAAAAAAAAACCCCAACAACUUCUCAAAGGGCUUUUCUUUGAUAUAUUUUUUAAGGCACAAAUAUAAUGGGGUGGGUGGGAAAUGAACAAGUAUUCACCAAGCUAUGGGAAACCUGGGGUGGAGAAAAUAUAGUUCCCUUUGGUCUCAAGUUGUUUGGGGAGGUUUUGCACCCGAGGCUGCAUCUGACAGGUCCAGGAUGAAUUACCGUACAGGUAAGGUUUCCACAGAAGUAUCAUGGGUGAAGCAGCUAGGCAUUGCCGCCCUGAAAAAACAGGGCAACCUUGAGACUAAAGAAUGGGCAGAAUAAAAAUAGUGGUGGCAGUAACCCUUCCUUUCUCAGAAUGGGCCUUCUCUGAAAUUCCACUCACUCCAGCUGAUGACUGAGAGUCAGACUAGAUGGCCGCAAAUCUGUAUUUGUUAAAAUGAUUGUGUGAGCAGGGGAGAGAUAAGGUGUGGGCACACGUGUGUACCUCUUGCUUUCUCCUUGCACACCCUCUCUCUGGCACGUACACUUCUAUUCUUCUCAGCUAAGAUCUGAUUACAUGUUGGAUCAUAUGGGAUGGGAGAACAGUGCCUGUGGAGAGGCGGCUAGGGGUUGGUAAGCAGGCCCAGGGUGUGUUCAGGUUCCUUCACCUGCUUCAUGUGUGCUGUUUUUGCUCUGAAAAUUAGACCCACCCACACCUCCUUGUUCUAUGCAUGGCUGGGGACAGAUGUGUUUAAGCAAGAAGGUCUGCCACUACCAUGUCCGUUUAGCCCUGAGAGUGCCCUUGGCCUAAACUUCCUUCAGGUGCAGGGCAUUGUAGCAUUCCAGUACCUUUCUGGGAUUCAUAACAGUCUCUCUUAUGCUGCAAAGUGGAGAUCUAGCUUUGCAGGAAACACACCCAACAUUUGGAGCCAUCGGGCAGUAUGUUUUGCUACCAUACCUAUGUCUCCUGUAGACUGCCCCUGGGAAUCAAUGUUGCCAACAUUAGGCUUUGAAGAGGUCUCCUCAGGCUUUCCUCGUUAUUUGGCAGAGACCGUUUAGAAAAUGUGGCUCUUUCUGUCACAGAUAGAUGUGACUUCACCUCUGUGUUCCAAAAUUAUCCCGGCCCAAAAGCAAAUUGAUUUGUUGAGGCAGGCAAUUGACCUCAUGGGAGAAAUAUUUCUUUUCUUUUUAGUUGUUUUUUCAUGGAGAGAUUGAUGCACUUUAAAGUCAAGAGAGAAAAAUAGUCUGUCUUCAAUGAGCCACAAACCCAUUGCAAACCACAUGGUACUGGCAGUGAGGGUAGAAGGGGUUUUGAGCCAUAUGUAGCCAGCUGGGGAGACUAAACAAAAGCUACAAAUAGAGAUCCAUAUAUUUUUUAAAAGAAAGCCUCUGUGUACAACUUAAUUGAAGUUAGAUGUUUUUGGAUAGAAAACGUGUCUAGGAGCAAGUGUACAUGUUGGAAGAUACGAAGCUAGAACAGCAAUACCCAGUUCCACACUAGGCCCACCCCAAUGCCUAUUCACAUACCACUAUCUGGGUUUAAAGAGCUUGCAAAACCAUAGAGUAUCCUGAUCCCAUGUGUCUACAUUCCAGACAAGUGAGAGGAUGGCAUCUUCAUGCCAUUAUCCUCCUCCUUGGUGUGAUGUAGUACUGGAAAAAGAAGAGGGGUUGAUUUUUGUCAGUGAUGUAAGGCCAAACUUGAUGUUGGUGGCAGACCUGGGUUUCUUCCAGACAACUACAAAGUGGCCAGAGCAGGGAGUUUCUUUGCACUGGAGAAACAACAACCAGGAAGAAGGCUUUAAUCCUGCGUGCCUUUUUCCCUUCUCUCUUUUCUCCCCCCACCCCCCCGGCUGCAAUUGGGACCCUUUCUGCUGCUCCACUUUGCAGUUGUUUCCACAUCUGGGUCUUCCACCAAAAAUUCAGUUCAGCCCAAAGAAAAACGAUCCUCAAAGUGCAAUGAAAAGUUAAUAGUGGGGUGUGAAGUAAGUCCUGGCCUCUCCCCAUCCCCACUCACCUAAUGAUGCUAUUGCUGCUGGCUGCUUCUCCCAGAGUGAGUUACACCAGUUAAAGUCUGGCAAUCUAGGUCCUCUUAUUUACAGGGAUAGAGAGUUGUGAGCUCCACCUCUGCUCCCAGCUCUGCCCACUUCCACCCAGCUCAGCCUCAAAAGACGAAUGUGGAUAGUGCCUGGCGUUUGAGAGACUGCGUAAGAGGUUUCUACCUUGUUAGCAUUGUGAACCACCCAAUGUUUCUGUGUCAAGUGAAAAUAAACUUUUCGUCGGUUUCAAUUAUUAUCCAAUAAUGUGUAGAGUUUAACAUUAGGCCUAACUCUUUUGUUUGGGGAUUUACUUUCUGUUCGUUUGUGUGUAUGUGUGUUGUUUUUUUAAGGCACCCAAGUAGACACAGAAAAAAAUGUCUAAUUUUAUAUAUCUGUAUAUUGCAUUAUAAAUGAGGGGUUGCUUUUUCCGCUUAUUGCACCACUAUCAAACAAAAGGACAGCAGACCAACAAGCAAGGAAUGAUAUGGUCUGUUGAGAAUUUACUAUAUGUUGCUUCUUGACCAUUUUUCCUGGUAUUUGAUAUCAUAGGACAAGGGGAAAUAAAACUGACCCAUCAAACCUGCUUGCCAGUAAUUUUUCUCCAUUACAGAGCUGAACUGCCUUUUAACCCUGGCUGUUUUCCAUUUCUGAAAGGGGGUUUCCUCUCUUGUCUCAAGAGGGGGAAACCAACAAGGUGGUUGAGUAUAGCCAACAUUUGAUUUUUUUUGCACUCCGUCAACUUCUAGGGCAGAGCACUCAUUUGGGAAAGGAGGGGGGACAUAAGGAGGGACUCCAAUUGACCAUACAAACCUAUAUCCAGUUGGACUUGAAUCUUAACAAGCACCAUUAGCAUGAUUCAUCUGUGUCAGUUAAUGGCCACUUCAGUAGCAAAAUAAUUUUGCAUGAUAGCAUUGCUGUUUGAAAAACUCCUUUUGGUUCUCAGCUGAACCUCCAAGUACUGUUCCUCUAGAGCAUAUCUCUUCCUCCUUACAGAAAACAAAAUUCUUGUUAAAUUCCACACACAGAGAGGGAGAGUACUCCUCUGGCAUCAGGCAUGAAUUGGCAACACUCCACAUACCUCUCCCCUCCCACCAACUGAAAACAUGUCGCACACUCCUUUUCCCCCUCAGUUUAGCAGAAGUCCAGAUCUCAUUUCCAAAGGCCUUUGGCCUGCACAAGUGCUAUGUAAUUCUCGUCUUGCUUGCAUGCAGAGGCGGCUCCAGAAAAGGGAGCAAAGAAGGAGUAUCUGGAGGUUGAGCUUUCUUUCUCAUACUACAGUCUUUCCAAACAGAAACAAGUCAUUUCACAAUCUGUAUUUUUUAAUUCAGACAGCGUGGACAGGCAAUUAUUUGAGAAGGAAUUUGUGCUUCCCGUCUUCCUGGCGCUGCCUAUGCUUGCAUGACUGAUAAUCUGGGGGCAUUCGAUUUGCUUUCUAAUAAAUAAUUGUAUAUAAAGUCUAAAAUGUCCAAGUGCUGGUAGCGCCAAUGAUAACGGGACCCUACUGCCAUUCAUCAGGUCAAAGGCUGAAUCAUUUGAAAGCUUGCUAGCACUUCCCUACCCAGAUCUCACCCCAUCCCACAAGGGACCCUUAGGAAGAGGGCUGGGUAGGACAGUUUGCUCUCUGCCACCUUCCACCCGCAAGUUGCCAAAAUCAGCAAUAUUCCGAGGUAGUAGCUUAAAUCUGCUGUUCUUCCAAAGCAAAUAUAACUAUAGACAACUGCAGAUGACACUUCUGGUGGGGUAGGGAAUGAAGACUAUUCUUCCGAAUUGAAGUAGGGAAAGGGGAUUUCUCACUCCGUAGAUCAACUUGCACGAGGCUUUCUUCCAAUCAAGGGCCAGAGUUCCUUUUCCAAGCUCUGCAGGUCGGCCGUGUUUGCUGCAGUUGUGUGUAGCUGCAUGAGGGUAAACAACUUGGAAAUAUGUCUCUUUUGGGGGGGGGGGGCUCGUGAGUGCAAAAAAACAAACCUGGCAAACUCCCUCCUCAAUCGUACUGGGGCAGGGGGAAGGGGGGGGCAUUCUCUUCUCCUGCUUCCGUCAAUUGACAUGCCGCUAACGACAAACCAACUUCCUUCUGCUUCACAACUCAGUAGUGAUCACCAUAUGACCAAAUAGUACAAGGACUGUUAUUAAAUGUAUGCUGAGUGCUUGCUACCCUGUACAGCUCUUAAUCCUCACUCAUGUAGCCGACUCACUCACUCUCUCUCUAGCCAGUGGUGUUUCUUUCUCUUUCUGACUCCUUAAUUAUUAUUUUUUAAUUCCGGAGACACAAGUUUUUGUUCUGGAGGAGGGAGGUUGUAUUUCCCUCCUUCUCCCCCCCCCCAAAUAACCUUUUUUUUUGCGGGGGGAGGUUACAAAAAAACACCUGUUUGGGACUCUAAUUGUAUGUAGGGUUUUAUCUCCCCACCCUCACUCCCCUCCACCUUGCGGGGGGGGGGGUCAAAAAAGGAAUGUCGGUGAAAAUCUCUGUGUGUGUUUUUUCCUUUAUGGUCCACGAGUGUGUAUCGUGAACAUUUCUGUAAAGUAAUUGUUCCAGGCACAAACGCUUUUGAGUGUUUCAGACGUAUGUAUAUACAGUAUAUAUAUUUUUAAGGGGGGAAGAGCGUAUACUUUACUUUUGUCUUGUCUGUUGGCAGUAAAAAAAGCGGGAGGUUAACUGGGGAUGUGACAGCGUUUUAAACAGGCAUUCCCAGGGUAUUUUGUACAGCUUCUUCUAACAGUCCACCACCAUGUGGGCCAUGUAGCAAGUGAGGUGGCUUGAUUCCUUCACAUGAAUAUUCAUUUGGCUGGGGGUAAAUAAACCAAAAGGACCUGGCACCUCAAAAGGGCAAUAAAGGGGGAUGCUAUGAACCUUUCUGCUAGAUCCAGAGGCGCAUUUAACAUCUUGUCAGAGGGGCUGUAUCUAAAGGAGGCCCACUGAUUUGUUUUUAACGCCAAACGUUACAACCAGUAAUUCCUAUUUCUAGGACAACAAAUAUCUAGCCUUAGGGGAAUAAAAAAUGUACCAAGAAUCCUCCAGAUAGAACUGGGUAGGUGUGGGGAUUGACUAUUUUAGAAAUCAAGUUAAAAAUGUUUCAUUGUUCACUCCUGUGCUCCCACCCCCAUACUUCUGGAUCGCACCUUGCAUUUGGUUGAUGUGUUUUUGGGACAAUUACUUUUAAGAACUAUUGAGUAGAUUGUUUAAUAAAUCUUUAAAAUGGAUUGCUCUUUUUGUAGGUUUUGUGUACAGCCAAAAAAAAAAAGACUGAAAGCACUGACUAUAUUUAAAAAAGGAAAAAAAGAAAUUUAUUAAAUGAAAAUUUGUAUUAUUUCAUUAAGAAAAUAACAAAAUCCGUCUGAAUGUACAUGUAUAUGUUUAAAGAAAUCCACCAACUCCCUCCCUCCCCUUGUAUCCUAUUUAUUAUAUAAAACGUUUGCCUUACAAGAAAGCAGUCCUUUCUUUAUGGGUGUUUCUAUCUUAUUUUGGUUGUUAAAACAAGCAACUUGAUUUAUCCCUCCCUUCCAAUAAAGAUACAGUGACAACUGCAUUUUUAUAUAUGUAAGGUCAUUUAAAAGAAACAAAUUCUAUUUUUUAUGUUGAAAAUAAAGGUCCAGGCCCAGUCUUAGCACUCAGCAUGCGUUCUACACAGUAAUCUAGUUGCAUCUCAUGUUGGUAAGUACUGUAUUCUGUGCUAGAAUUGGAUUAUAAACCUAUGUAAAUGUUACAGAUUUGUUUGAGCCUUUCAUUACCAAGGUAGAACUGUUCUGCCCUGCCAUUAAAAUAUAAUAUUUUUUUCUCUGUUGUGGAUGAGGAUGUCUUUUAGUUGGUUGCAAAGUAGCCUCUUGUUUGUGCCAGUUUAAACUGAUGCAGGAGUACAUUGUUUCAGGGAUUUAUAUUCUGCCUUUCAAAUCAUUGCUCCCAAGUUUGAGUUACAUAGAACUUUGGACUGAGCAGAAAGCCAAUCUUGACCAGAGAACACACCAGAAUACUUCUACUGUAAACACAGAAUUUGUCACUUUCAGGAAGAUCUCUUUCAAAUGGCAAAAAAUGAUGACUACUUCCACACACAAAACAAUACACUGACAUGAAGAGGUCUUGUACUGUUAAUUAUUAU